UGUCUCAGAUCAAAUCAUACCUGUGAAACCCGACGCAUGCAUCAUUGAUUUCUUCAACGAGGGAGAUCACUCGCAGCCUCAUAUGUUUGUUCCCUGGUUCGGACGACCCGUGGGGAUCAUGUCCUUGUCAGAAUGUGAUUUCACAUUUGGAAGAGUCAUCGUCUCUGAUCAGCCUGGGGACUACAAGGGCUCUCUCAAGCUGUCACUCUCUCCCGGAUCGGUUCUUGUGGUGGAAGGCAAAUCAGCAGAUCUUGCUAAGUUUGCGAUUCACUCAACCCGAAAGCAGAGGAUUCUCAUCACAUUCACCAAAUCUCAGCCGGGAAACGGACAUAACUGGAGUCCACCACCACCACCGCUUAGCAGAUCGCCGAAUCAUCAUCAUCAUCAUCAUCAUCANNACCGUCAGCCAAAACAUUACCCUGUUGUUAUGCCUACCAGCACAACCGGUGUAUUGCCCACGCCAAACAAAGGAGCUGUUCAGCCGGUUUUUAUAGCACCUUCCCCUCCAAUGCCGUUCCCAGGUGGUGGUGGUGUCGUGGCAGGAGCAACGAGCUGGCCACUGUUACCUCAUGCACGACACCAGGCGCCACCACAGCCACGAGUGCCCAUCCCUGGAACUGGUGUCUUCCUCCCACCCGGCUCAGCUCAAGAACAGGUAGUAGUACAAGGAUCCACAGAGAAAUCCAAUGACCGCAGCGAGAACAACUCUGCAGAAGGAAAGAUGGAGAUGAAGACGACGAAAGAGGAAGCUUUGUAACGGAUACGCUGCAGAGGAGUGCGAUGGCAGUAGCAGUCAGGGUCGGAUCUAUUAAACAAAAGUUAGGGAGAUUUUUCAAUUUCUUCUUUCAUAUAUAUAUUUUUGAAUUGAAUGCUAAAGAUUUAUUGAAAACGAAAACUCCUUUGGUUUAUAUUUACAAAUGCUUCUUCAAAUAGAAAAUUAAAACGGAUCUUUUCCUA